UCAGUGUUGUUUGAAGUUUCGACCGUUACACCGUGUGUGCUAGGUCUAGGGGCUCUGUAGGUGUUCGUUGGCGCGGGGUUCCAGAUUUUCGCGCGAUCGCGAGGUUGGGGGUUUCGUCUCUCCGUGUAGGACGUCGUCGUCGUCGUGAUCAGUUCUCGAUACACCCCCUUUUUUGAGCGGGGAGCUGUGUGGCUAUAGGAUUGCGCUGGGAGUCUGGUCAAGGACUGACGGUGGUGCAGCAGUGUUCUUUGUGCUGAAUAAGCAGCCCAGUGAGUCGGUGAAAUUCCCGCUGAUCAAUAAAGUAUUUUUUUACUCUUCGUUUGCUGGUUGGUUUCCGAAAGUUGAAUAAAUUGUGCAAUACUCCCCGCGGGGUUCGUGCGAAACUGAAGGCAGAAGGUGUGGAAGAAUUUCGCGUUAGCGUAAUCAAAUGGUGCCUUGGCGGUGAAGUUUGUGGUAUCGAUUGCCGAGAGAGGUGCAGCUCAAGUCGAAGAAGAGCGCAGCGUUUCACGGAUAGUCGGGCUAUAAAACGGUUUGCAAGCGGGCCGUACAAGUCGAUAGAUCGGCAGCAGUACAUCCGGUGACCGGAUGCGUUCUGGUGGCUUGGCUGGGUCGUCAAGGUGAACCCCGACCGUAUUUCACCUCCUCACAGGAAGUUUGUCCUCGGACCGGCGCUGGACAGCCGAGGUCGUCCUGAACAGUUUGCGUUCUGCCAGGGGCAAUAAUCGACGUCGUCAGCAGCAGCAGCAGCCAGUCUGGACAUUUAACGGGUCCAGUAGAGUGCCAUAGCAGUGCCUCCAGUGCCUAGAUCUUCAAACGUGACGCCAUCGUACCGGGCGUCGGAGAGAGAUACCUCAUGAAUGUGAUAAUUAAUCGAGAGUGGAGAAUUUAUUAACCUUUUGGUACUCUCUCGAGCUACAUUGUAAAGCGGCUUGGAAAAGAUCUUUAAAAAAAGCAAGCUUGACCAGAGCGGAAUCUUGGACGAGGGCGUUCCGAGAUCAUUAUUUUUAUUGGUCACCUUUAAAUCGUCACUUGAGAUUGUGACCCCUCGGGCUCCCAGUGAGGGCAGCGAUGGGGAAUUCAACUUCGUCACACGAGCCGCUGGAGCGGGGCUUCACGCGGGGAACCUACGGUGAUGUCAAGAAUACGAAAGCGGCCUCAUUCCGGCACAGCAAACGAUCGCCCAAGAAGAUGGACCGGCUCCGGAAGUCGUUCCGGGAUUCGUUCCGGCGGCGCAAGGACCGGGUGCCGGAAGCGGCCAAACCGCACCAGUGGCAGUCGGACGAGCAGGCCGUCCGGUCCGCGACCUGCACCUUCUCCGUCAAGUAUCUGGGCUGCGUCGAGGUGUUUGAGUCGCGCGGGAUGCAGGUGUGCGAGGAGGCGCUCAAAGUGCUCAGGAACUCUCGCCGUCGCGCAAUCCGCGCUCAGCUUCACGUCAGCGGCGAUGGACUCCGCGUGGUCGAGGACGACACCAAGGGACUGAUCGUGGACCAAACCAUCGAAAAGGUCAGCUUCUGUGCGCCCGAUCGCAACCACGAGCGUGGCUUCAGCUACAUCUGUCGGGAUGGUACGACACGGCGCUGGAUGUGCCACGGCUUCCUGGCGGCCAAGGAUUCCGGAGAGCGGUUGUCCCAUGCGGUGGGGUGUGCUUUUGCGGUGUGUUUGGAGCGGAAACAGCGCCGCGAUAAGGAGUGCGGCGUUACGAUGUCUUUUGAUAUGAACAACAAGACGUUCACCAGGACUGGGUCGUUCCGGCAGCAAACGAUGACGGAACGGUUGGCAAAUGCGGACACGGCCGUGGUGGCGCCGAAUCAGAACAACAACAACAAGGCGGCCAAUCCGUUUGCGAUUGAGAGACCACACGCGACUCCCUCGAUGCUGGAACGUCAGGGAAGUUUCCGGGGCUUUACGCAGAUUGGGACGGCAUCGCCGUUCAAGCGCCAGAUGUCGCUGAGAAUCAACGAUCUUCCGUCCAACGCCGAACGACAACGAGCCUUCCUGGAUCCGACUUCGCCCCAUCGAACGUCCGUUUCGCCCAUUCCGGAGGUAACGGCCACCCAACCCACGGACACCGUCAGUCAGCUGUGCCAGGAACUGAGCCAGGGCCUUUCGCUGCUCACCAAGAACGACGCGGACGAUUUCUACCUUAGCAAAGACAUCACGCAAAAUCUUUCCGCCACUGUCACCAGCACGUCCUCAAUCGGCCCCUAUCUGAGCAUGUCGACCGGCGCCAGUCCAGCCGAUCCGGUGGUGGCCACCAACCCGCUCGCGACCGUUUUCGCCCCCACCAUCCUGUCAACGCAUCCGACCGCGACGACGACAACGACGCUUCCUCCACGAUCGCUGACCCCGAACCUGGGCGUCGCCACUUCCUCCGCCACAGCCGUCGUCCCCGUGGAAACCGCCUCGCCGCUGCCCAACCCGGAACAGUGGCUCGGCCAGAUCGUGAAGAAUGUGUCCCCAUCGCCACGGCGGGCCCCCUCGAUCCACGCCCGCGCCAAGUCGCUGAGCGCGGCUGACCCGUUCGACUCGGAGUGGGUGUCGGACGUGGCCAAGCCGGAGAUUCACAGCACCAAUCCGUUCAUUUCGCCGCCGAAACCGCCGGCGCAGAGCUUCCAGGUGCACCUGUAAGGGGCAUGGGGCUGGGAACGGGGACGGGGAGGGACGGCCGAGGACGUUAAUGGUGCUUGUUGAUGAUAGUUGUUAGUAUGAGGGAUAAGCCAGCCAACGAAGGAGUGGGAAGCAAACGAAGCAGGGUGGACGAAUGAUACUUACUCAAUACUACUCAAACAUUCUAAUAGCAUUUAUUUUGCCUUAUGAGAAAAACUUUGAUUUACGGUUAGGAGGUUAGAGAUCGCUGCUGCAAUGAGGGAAGGAACGGAGUACAUGAAUUGUAAAUUUAAUAUUAUUAUUAUUUGAAGCAGGACUUCUAACGGACGAAACAUGAAAAUUAUUAUGAAACCAGAUUAAAUUUAUCAAAAAAUGAGUGAAUAAUUUAUCAAUAAAAAUUUCAAACAUAAACAGAACCAUUUUGUAUCAAAUUAUAUUUCUACAUUACGAAAUGAGACAAAAAUCUUAGUAAUUUUGAAGCGGGAAAUAAUGAGUUUUUGAUGUAUUUUUUUACAUUUUACUUUGACAAAUAACUUUGUUCUGAGAGCUCUAAAAAGAUUAAAACAUGUGGUAACGAAUGCAUCCAUGCAUAAAUAAAAGAAUUAUUUCUGCUCUAAAAGAAUGUUUCAUAAAAUUUGUAAUAAAAAUGAUUGGAAUUACAAUGCUUGAAAAAGAUUUCAAUUCACAAAAAUUAUAUUCUUUUAAAGGCAAAGUUCAUUAAAAUAUCAUGCUUGAAUCAUGUUUAUUUUUCAUUUUGUUCUGUAGCAGCGAUCGUUUUACAAAUCAUUUGCGAAAACAAGACUUGAUAAAGACGGAUUUACCAGCACUUAAUGGAAGUAUAAAAGUGAAACGUGCAGAACACCACCGCAACACAAUGAAAUGCUUCGCAAGAUUGAAACACAAACACACAAAAACCGGCUUGGAACGCUUUACCUGUAUUACUGUAUACCUAAUAGAGACAAACAAAUUACACACACAAACACUCACACAAAGUCUACGAUUCUUUAAUGCACACACACGAAACAUUACCAUUUGCGUAAAGGCAACAACUUUAUCGUAUUUCAAAACCCAUGAAGAAAGUUACGCCGAAGAACUAUUCCACAGAAAUGAACAAUCGAGAAAGAAUCUCCUUCUCGAUAAGGGCACAACCUUUUAAACCCCGUCGGGCAGAACUCAAUGUGCAGCUGCUUAACAGUGAAGAUGCAAAGCAUUACAAAAACAGUACUUAAACUAACUUAAAGGAAGCAAGCUAGAAAAUAAUGGAUAUGAAAUCAAACUAACAGAAGUAAAACUGCCAGCUGCCAACAAAGGUCGGCGUGGCGCAGAAUUAUAUGGAUUAUGAAGAAAUAUGAGCAUUGUGAUCAACGUGAAAUACAUUCGAGAAAAAAAUGAGGAGUUAAAUUAAAAGAUACAUAUUAGCGAAAAGUAAAGCAUUCAAAACGAUCGUUUAGGGGUUUUAGGUUUAAGCCAGGGUAUUCAAACUGGAAUGCUGAUUUCGCCUGCUCGAGGGAGUUAAUAUUAACUUGUUCUAGGACCAUUCAACACCGCUGCUGUGUAGAGUUACUUGGGAAAGUAUUCCAUUUUUGCGACCAUAGUGUGUACUUAAGAAAACUCGGUUUAGUUUAGCGUUUUGAUUGUGUACAUACGAGAUAGAGAGAACGAGCGCGAGAGCAACUGCACAGUGCGUGCAGGUUAUUUUUAACGUUUUAUGUGUAGAUAGUUGUACAUAUCACGCGCCGCGCCGUCUUUUCAAAAGAACUUUUACAUUCUGUUCCGUGCUGUAGUCACCGAAGGGUUAGAGAACAAGUAAGCAAGGCUGCUCGACAUUUACUUUGGAUUUAUUUAUACUUUUAUGAUUUACCGCUUUUGUUCCGGUCAUUUUCCGAACUACUUUAUUUAAAAAUUAACCAAGUUAGCCGGUCCGCCGAAAGAUCUUUAGUUAUGCGUUAUAAACAAAUUUGUAAAAAUAUACUUCAAUCAUCCCCGGCGUUCAGAUGUCCACAACUGGGUGUAUAGAGAAUCUUGAUCUUGUAAUAUAAUUCCCAACCAGAUGUAAGUGUAUUAUUUAGAGCUAAAUAAACUUAAUAAAACAAA